UUCGAUGAGGGGCGCCGCGCUGCAUUCUGGGAAAUGCAGCAAGUGCGAUGCCUGGCUGUAAAUCGUGAAUCACACUGGAAUCACACUCAUGUUUGAUGUGUUUCCGGUCGAGCGACAUUCCUGAAACAGGCCGUGGAUCUUUUGACAUGACACUAAGGUGAGCAGGUGAACUGACUUCUUCUCUACCUGGACGGACCAUAGGGACGGACACAGACCGGAGCAAAGAUGGGCGUCGAAAAUGUGAGCGUGAUCUUCAAGCUGUACUGCCUGACAGUGAUGACAAUGGUGGCAGCCACAUACAUUGUUGCACUCCGGUACACAAGGACCAUUACUACGGGAGAAAUGUAUUUCUCCACGACCGCGGUGUGCUUAGCUGAAGUCAUCAAAUUAAUACUGAGUCUGGGGAUACUGUCAAAUGAAUCGGGAAGCCCCAGCAGACUGAAGAACAUCAUAGUGGAACAUGUUUUCUGCAGCCCCAAAGAGCUGCUGAAGCUGAGCGUGCCCUCGCUGGUGUACGCAAUUCAGAACAACAUGGCCUUUCUGGCUUUGAGUAACCUGGAUGCGGCUGUUUAUUCGGUGACCUAUCAGCUGAAGAUCCCAUGCACUGCGCUCUGCACAGUCCUUAUGCUGAACCGCUCUCUGAGCCGGAUGCAGUGGUUCUCCGUCUUCAUGCUAUGCGGGGGCGUGACUCUGGUUCAGUGGCAGCCUGCAGAGUCCACGAAAGUUCAGGUUGAGCAAAAUCCUUUUGUUGGGUUCAUUGCCAUCGCUAUAGCUGUGCUUUGUUCUGGAUUUGCAGGUGUGUACUUUGAGAAGGUGCUGAAGAGCUCAGACACCUCUUUGUGGGUGAGAAACAUCCAGAUGUAUCUCUCUGGCAUUCUGGUCACCCUGAUCGGUGUGUUCAUAAACGAUGGAGAUCACGUCAUGGAGAAAGGCUUCUUUUUCGGCUACACACCCUGGGUGUGCUUUGUAGUGUUCUUGGCCAGUGUGGGCGGUCUGUACACGUCGGUGGUGGUGAAGUACACUGACAACAUCAUGAAGGGAUUCUCUGCUGCUGCCGCCAUCGUGAUCUCAACUGUGGCAUCUGUCAUCUUGUUUGGACUACAGAUAACAUUCUCUUUCACCACUGGAGCCAUCCUGGUUUGUGUUUCCAUCUACCUGUACGGUCUCCCAAAGCAAGACACAAGCAAGCUGAAAACUGCGAAUAACACAGACCCAGCUUCUAAACAGAAACUGAUCACCGUGUGAGUCCAACAACAUGGACCAGGCUUUUGCUGGGGUCACCUUGUCAUGGGACCUUAAAGAGCUCCAGCAGGAGCUGAGCUGGGAGAAACAAUGAACUCUGAGUCAGGUCAGCUCCUCAAUUCAUCUCACAGAUAACUUUUGUUAAACAAAGGUAUGUUCCCUCAACACAGCCCGCUUUUACCCACACGGGACCACGGACAGAAUCAACAUUUUGGACAAUUUGAAAUCGCCCUUUUGUUCCAUUUGAGAAGUCAUUCAGUUAUAUCACAAGAAAAAACACAUUUGCCUUUUUUUAAACUCUCCCUUUUACCCGUCUGUCUGCUUUUUAAAGAUUGUAAGUACUCUACAACAAUCAGAGAAGUCUGGAGAUGUGUCUACAGCCAUGCUGGAGCGAUAUGCAGUAACAGGACUUUGUUUUUUUUGAGUAUCAAGGGCGUAUAAAAAUCACUACUUCUCACCAUGUAGGUUUUUUUUCAAUCAGUGAUCACUCUGUUUUAAACUGUGCAAUGUGAGUGUCUUAUUCUGUCACACAGUGCUGAUUCUGAAUGUGAAACAAACUUCAAAGAUGAAUGAUGAUGAAAUGCACGAGUGAUGAUUUGUUUAUAAUGUCAUCUGUUCAGUGUCUUGUAUCAUUUUGUGUCACAUACAUGUCGCCUUUUUGUGGAAGUCAUUUUUUAUUAAAAGUGACUGGAAAAAAAACAGUUUA